CCAAAGCAAAGAUAAAGCAUGCGUUAACUUACUUUGUUAGGUUUUUUUUUUAAAGAUUUAUCUAUUUAUUAUAUGUGAGGACACUGUAGCUGUCUUCAGACACACCAGAGGAGGGCAUCAGAUCCCAUUACAGAUGGUUGUAAGCCACAGUGUAGUUGCUGGGAUUUGAACUCAGGACCUCAGGAAGAGCAGUCUGUGCUAUUAACCUUUGAGCCAUCUCUCCAGGCCCACUGUGUUUGGUUUUGAGUAGAGUGCUACCACCAGCUCAGUCCAGUCUGGAACUCGUGGGCUUAUGUCAUGUUUUAGCCACAGACUGCAUAUAUACCACUAUGUUUGUUUGUAGACUCAAUAAUUUGAAUAGGGAAAUGUAAGUAAUUAACUAUAACAGGAUUGGAGCAAUGAUGAGUGAUUAGCUAGUAAUAAGGGAGCUGAAAAGAAUAUAGGAAGAGUAAAUAUGUAAUAAAUAGUAAAAAGAGCAAUUCUAAAAUUGGUUUAUUCUGUGUGUGCACAUGUGGGUAUAUGUGUAUGGAUAUGUGUGAACAUUUGUGACAGUGGAGUUUCAGCAUCUGCUGGAUGGAGCCUCUAAGAGGACCUGUGCCAUCAUGAGCAUGUGGAUGUCAGAGGACAACUUCUGGGAGUUCUCUCCUUCCAUCAAAAUGGGCUUUCGAGAUGAGGCAGCUGGGUAUUUUCAUAAAGCAGUGAAGCUAAACCCUGAUUUCAACGAUGCAAAGGAGAACUUCUAUCGUGUGGCAAACUGGUUGGUAGAGCGCUGGCACUUCAUCAUGCUUAAUGACACCAAGAGAAAUGAGAUUUAUAACGCGGCAAUCCAGAAGGCAGUGCGGUUGGGCUCCAAAACAGUGCUGGACAUUGGCGCCGGCACUGGGAUACUGAGCAUGUUUGCCAAAAAAGCUGGUGCACACUCAGUAUACGCCUGUGAGUUAUCCAAGACCAUGUAUGAGCUCGCUUGUGACGUCGUGGCUGCAAACAAGAUGGAGGAUGGGAUCAGGCUCCUGCACAUGAAGUCACUUGAUCUAGAAAUACCAAAGCACAUUCCUGAAAGAGUGUCCCUAGUUGUAACAGAAACUGUCGAUGCAGGUGUGUUUGGAGAAGGAAUUGUGGAGAGUUUAAUUCAUGCAUGGGAGCAUUUACUUCUGCAACCACAGACCAAAGGUGAAAGUGGAAGUUGGGGGAAGUAUGGAAAAGUGAUACCGGCCAGUGCGGUCAUAUCUGGGAUGGCAGUGGAGUGUGCAGAGAUCCGAAGGCAUCACAGGGUUAGUGCUAAGGACAUAGCUGGUAUACAUUUACCAACAAAUGUGAGAUUUCAGAGCCCAGCCUAUGCGUCUGUAGAUCCCGAAGAAACGGUUGAACCAUACACAACGGAAAAGAUGAGUGGAAUCCCUGGAGGAUACCGGCCUUUGACAGAAUGCUUUCAGAUUAUGAAAGUUGAUUUCAAUAAUCUCCAGGAGUUAAAAAGUCUGGCAACUAGGAAGCCACACUCUCUUAGUGUACCUGCUGUUAAGGAAGGCACGCUGGACGCGAUUAUGGUCUGGUUUGUUCUCCAGCUUGAUGACGAGCACAGUUUGUCCACAAGUCCCAGUGAGGAGACCUGUUGGGAACAGGCUGUUUAUCCAGUACAGGCACUUGAAGACUACUGGAUACAGCCUGGAGACCAAGUGACAAUGGAGGCAUCUUGUCACGAUUGUUACCUAAGAAUCCAGGGGAUCAGUAUCUUGCAUUUGGAACAUGAAAUGGAAGUUAUAAAAAGUUUUACCAAGAGUAAAGACUUGCUCUCUCUGGGAAAUGAGGCUGAGCUCUGUAGUGCCCUGGCUAACCUUCAGACCAGUAGACCAGAAGCUCUGGAGCAGACCUGUGUGUUAGAGCCCACAGAGAUCGCUUUGCUUAAUAACAUUCCAUAUCAUGAAGGCUUCAGGACAGCAAUGAGGAAGGUAUUGUCUUCACUGGCCCCAGAGACGCCGAGCCAGCCCAUGGAAGCUCACUGUCAGGACAUGGAGACGAACUUGGAGAGUGCACCAAGCACCUCUGACCCUUUCUAUGUGUUGGAUGUGUCUGAAGGCUUCUCUCUUUUGCCUAUACUUGCUGGAACCCUUGGUCAGGUUCAGCCCUACAGUUCUGUGGAGAAAGACCAGCACUGUAUUGCUUUGGACCUCAUAUCUGAAGCCAAUCACUUCCCUAAGGAAACACUUGAGUUUUGGCUGCGACACAUAGAAGAUGAAGCUGCUGUGUUGCAAAGACCCAAAUCAGACAAGUUAUGGAGUAUAAUUAUACUAGAUGUCAUUGAGCCGUCUGGGCUCAUCCAGCAGGAGAUCAUGGAGAAGGCCGCAAUAUCCAGGUGUUUACUGCAGUCUGGAGGCAAGAUUUUCCCGCAGUACGUGCUGAUGUUUGGAAUGCUGGUGGAGUCACAGACGCUGGUAGAAGAGAGUGCUGUUCAAGGAACAGAACACACUCUUGGGUUAAACAUAGCACCGUUUAUUAACCAGUUUCAGGUGCCUAUCCGGGUCUGUUUGGAUUUAUCUUCCUUGCCAUGCAUUCCUUUAAGCCAGCCAGUGGAACUGUUGAGAUUAGAUCUGAUGACUCCAUAUUUGAACACUUCCAAUAGAGAAGUGAAGGUCCGUGUGUGCAGGUCUGGCCGAUUGACCGCGGUUCCAUUUUGGUUUCAUUUGUGCCUGGAUGACGAGGUCAGGUUGGACACCUCAGGUGAAGCGUCCCAUUGGAAGCAGGCUGCAGUGGUCCUAGAUAAUCCCAUCCAAGUACAAGCAGGAGAGGAACUUGUACUUAGUGUUGAGCAUCACAAAAGCAACAUCAGCAUCACAGUGAAGCAGUGAGACCACGGUCACACAGCGAAUAGCUAGAGACACGGCCCAGCAGUUAAGAGCACUGGCUGUUCUUGCAGAGGACUGGGGUUUCAAUUCAGCACCUAUAUGGCAGCUCCCAACAGUCUGAAAAUUCCAGUUCCAGAGGAUCUGAUCCACUCUUCUGGCUUCUGUGGCUACCAGGCUUGCACACUGGUAUAUUGACUUACAGGUAGGUAAAACAUCCAUACACAUAAAAUAAAAUAUAUAAAAUAUUUUAUAUAUAUACACAUAAAUAUAUAUACACAUACAUAAAUACAUGUAAAUAUAUACACAUACAUAAAUACAUAUACACAUACACAUAUAUAUACAUAUAUAUACAUACACACACACACACACACAUAUAUAUAUUUGGAAGAACAUUUGUUGCUCUUGCAGAGGACCUAAGUUUGGUUCCUUGCCCACAUAUGGCUUACAACCAUCUAUAACUCUAGUUCCAGGGGACCUGAUCCCCUCUUGAGAGCUCAAAGCACAUAUAUAUACACUUGGAAAAAUAAACUUAAGAAUAAUUUUUUUAAAAAAUGAUGUCACCUUUAUUCUUUUAGUGAAAGUGUUCAUAGUGUCCAAGAGAUACGGGUGUAACAAAGUUAAGGUGUUUUCUUUUUCUAGAUUGCUGUUCCUGGCGUGGUCCUAGUACUCUGACAACGUGUUUGCAACAAUAAUUGCUAUCCAGGGGUAGGCCAACUAUGAAAAUACCAUAACAGCCAAGGAAACACCAAUCAUCCCUUACAAUCUUAGGAAGUAAAGGGUACUGAGAGUACCUUGUGCACUUGUGUAUUUGGUCUCGUGGGUAUGAAAAGGAAGGAAGGAGAGUAUUGGUGCAGUAGAGGUAGGGGAGGGAUGACAGAAGAGGAGAGGGAGCGAAGAGAGGUUAAGCUUCAGGUAACAGCCCAGCCCAGCAUUAUUUUCCACAGAGAAAUGGAAAUAAAUAAGGGGGAGGGUAGAGAACAACAACAAACUUGGCAGGAGUGAGCAUAGGGAGCGCUGGGUGGGACAGGGCUGUUUGUUCAGUCUCUAGUAGAGGCCGUCCCAAGGAUUCUCUUACAUUCGCUGUGUGAUCACGGUCUCAGGGCUUCACUGCGAUGCUGACGUUGCUUUGUGAUGCUCAACACUAAGCACAAGGUGUUUUGGUCCUGGUUUCUAGAUGCAUCACUGCCUGGUCCUAGCUAUCGGUCACAGCCCAGUUGUUGCCCCCACCCCUACUCCCAAGGAUCUUGUUUUACAAACCGUUCUUGUUUCUGGGUUUCUUUCUUGCAGACUGGGUUACAGAUGCUGAGAAGGUCUCACUCACCUGGUUAAUCCUUCAGGAAAAUGUUGCCCAUGUUGACCCCAGUUGCUGACCCUCCAGGAAUAUGGUUGCCGGUGUUUUAUAGCCAGGUUCCAGCAUGUUGUUUACAUAGCUUAUGUCUAAGCUCCCCCUGGCAGACUCUGGCUCUCCUGGUCACCAGAUCACUGGAUCCAGAGUUUCCUCUGGAAUAUGGUUCACAGCAUGUCUUAGGUUGCAGACACAAGGAGUGGUGAGGGGAACGGGGGUCUUUUUGAAAUAAUCUCAAGGCUGCUGAUAGUGUCCAAUCAGCAAAUUAUCCUGGACAAGGGCUGCACUAAAAGCAGCAAGGGAAUGAGGCUUGAUGUGGGACGUGUUGGGAGCCACAUGUGCAGCUCUCAGUGCAGACAGAGUGAAGGAUUAUGAAAAGGCACAGCCCUGUGGUGUGGCGACAGGAAUAUGAAGCGGCCUGUACAUCUGCAGCCAGGAAGCAGCAGACAGCACCUGCUGGGGAUUUCUCUCUCAGCAGGGCUGCUAUUCUAUCAUCGAGUUCUUUAUAAGAACGCCUCUUAAGAUAGCUAUUGUUUGCAGGUCUUUUCUGGUAUGUGCGCUGCUGGUUGAUAGCUUCCCUUUGCUCUGCAGAAGCUCUUGGUUGGUACAGUUGUCCUUGUAUCUUUACAGGGUCUCUAGAUGUGGCAGCUAUUAGGUGGGUGCUAUGCAUGGGAGGCGAUGACGAGGACAGGUACAUGCCCAGUCCUGGUGCUAUCUUAUAGAGCUGUGUGAUCUAGGGCCAUUUGAGCCUGCGGCCGUGCACACAGACACCGUCUGCUGUGGAUGCGGCAGAUGAAGUCCUCUUCAGUCAUUGGUUUGCCUUCAUGGACUAAAUUUAUGGUGCGAUAUUCUAAUUUUUUUAAGAGUAUAAUUACAUUUCCCCCUUCCCUUUCCUUCCUCUAAACCCUCCAUUUACCCCUCCUUGCUCUCCUUCAAAUCCAUGGCCUCUUUUACCAUUGUUAUUGUAUGCAUAUAUGUAUAUCCAUAUAUAUUCCUAACUAUAACCUGAUUUGUCUAUAUAGUGUUUUAAAUUCAUAUUUACAUCUUCAAGGCUGGCCAUGUGGUCCUAGAUAACCAGGUAUUAUUGUGUUCUUCCCUGGGAUGGACCAUCUCUCCUAGUCCAAGCUUUCUGUAGUUGCCUAUAGUUGUUUGUAUAGGGCUGAGGCCUGUGAGCCUUUUCCUUGCCCAGUUUGUCCAUUGGUGUCCUCCUUGUUCAGCUCACAUUGGAGACACAAUCCCACAGCAAACUCCCAGAUCCUCUGAUUCUUACCUUUCUUCUCUCUUCCACAAAGUUCCUGAGCUGUAGGUGUGGAAGCGUUUUAUAAAUGUGUCCACUGGGACUGGGCUCUGCAGCGGCUCUAUAUUUUGAUUGGUUGAGGUGUUCUCUAAUGCUCUCCAUCUGUUGUACAGAAGUUCCCUUGAUGAGGGGUAAAGACUACACUCAUCUGUGGGUUUAAAGACACAGCUUAUAGUUUUUCCCCAGGAUUACGAUGAUUUACUAGAUCAGUGGUAUAGCUUCCCCUCCAAUAAUUACUAACACAAUUAGUUAGCUGUUUCUCUCUUGAGCAGGUCUGACGUCUAAUUAGAGAGCUGUUGCUUACAGCCAGGGCAUGCAUACCACCACUGCACACUUUGGGAUAUCACGUCAUGCUGGUGGCUGAUGUGGCCAUUAUAGCUGUGUGUAGGACCUUGGAAGCUUGGAUGGUGCCUUCUGAUGGUGUGGUCGUCUUAAAGUCACUGCCAAAGCUCAUGGUCCGGGGACUCGUGUACUCUCUUACUUGGUUAUAGGUCUCAUAUUUGCAUGUCUUACACCAUAAGUUGGUGUCUGGUGUAAAAUAAGGGUCCAGUUUCAUGCUUUGGUAUGUGGAAUCCAGAUUUCCUGGGAUAAUACCCUGGAUGCAAACUAUUUUUUCUACUGUGGUGGGGUCCACUCGGAUCUAAGACAACUCAAACACCAGGUCAGUGCAGAAAAGUUCAUUGUAAUCAACCCGCCACUGAUCUAUCAGGGAUGCAGAACAGACUCAGGAAUUGAACUGCAACCUGAGCCAGAAUGCCACAGAGCUUUUAAGCACAAAAAUCACAAAAGCUACAACCAUCUGUACCAAGUUAGUUACAUUUUCCUCCAAUCAGGAUUCAGGGAUAGGGGACUUUACUUGGAACAUUUCUUUGUGGUACACGUAUCCUGCUCUCAACUGUGUUGAGCAGACCUGCCUAAUAUUCAUAUCUCAACUUGCCAACCAAGAUGUAGCUCAUCCAGGGAGGUCUUGGGAACUUAAAGUUUGUUUAAUCCCAAUCAGUUUGUUUAAUUCAAAAUGGCCUCAGUUUGGCUCCAUCUUACGUUACUAUGCCCACUCCGUGCCCUUGUCAACAAUUAUUCUGAACUGCCCAUUUCAUUCGACUUGUUUUGUUAGCACCACGUUUCUUUUUCCUUAAAACGUUUUUUUAUUAUUUAUGUGUUUGAGGGUUUUGCAUGUAUGUCUGUGUACCAGUGUGCACACCUGGUCACUAAGCUUAGAAGAGGUUAUUACAUUUCCCAGAGGGCUGUGAGCUACCAUGUUAGUGCUGGGAAUCGAUCCUAGCUCCUCUGGAAGAGCAGCUAGUUUUCUUAACUGUUGAGUCAACAUUCCAGGCCACCAUAUUUUUGACCACUGUAGCUUUGUAAUAAUUUCUUUUUUCUAGAGAUGGGGGGUGGGAGGGCUCACUCUCUUGCUCAGGCUAAUCUCAAUCUCUGGGGCUCCAGUGACCCUUUUGCCUCAGCUUUACAUGUGGGGCUGACUGCAGGUGAGCCAUGGCACCCAGCUUGGGUUCACGUCAGGGAGUGUCCAACUUUCCUCACAAGAGGUGUGGCCAUACUUUUCAUUUCUAUAUGAAUUUUGGGAUUAUUAUUUAUUUAAAUAAUGCCAUUAGGAUUCUGAUGGCGAUUACAUUGAAUUUAUAUACUUAUAAGCACAGUGUGGACAUGCCGAUCAAAUGCUAUAUUCUGACUCACAAGGCAUCCUUCCAUUUAUUUUCAUCUGAUUUUGUUUUUCCAGGCUGGCAUGGAACUCGAGGUCCGCCUGCCUCUACUUCCCAAGUGCUGGGUUUGAAGGUAUUGUGGUGGUUUUGGCAGAAGCAUUAUGUGUAGGAAAGGCAAAUCCAUAACCAGAGUAAGUAUCUACUCGAAUAAGAACAAAACGUCCUUUCCACGGAGGAAGUGGUUCAAUGUAGUCAACCUGCCACCAGGUUGCUGGCUGGUCAUUGUGGGAAAUGGUGCCUUAUCUGGGCUUCAGUGUUAGUCUCUGCUGUUGGCAGAUCAGCAUCUGUAGCCAGGUCAGCUUUGGUGAGUGGAAGACCAUGUUAUUGAGCCCACGAAUAAUCCCCAUCUCUGCCACCCAUGACUGCUUUUUUCAUGUGGCCUUUAAGCAAUGACAGGGAUGGCUGGGGGAAAAGCCUGGCUGUCCACAGAAUGGGUCAUCUUGUCCAUGGAUUAGAUUACUGAACUCCUCGGCUGAAGUCACCUUUUAAUGAGCAUUUACAUGAGACAUAAGUAUCUCCACAGCCUUUGUCCAUGUGGAGAGAUCUGUCCGAAUACUUCUUUGCCAGAUGUCUUUCUCACCAAUGUUCCAAUCAUGAUCAUCCAUCCAGCGAAUCAUCCAGUCCAUCCAAUCCAAUCCAAUCCAGUGAUCAUCCUAUGAUACUGGCAUCUCCAAUACACUGGGGUUUUCUGAUGAACUAGGGUUCACCAAUAGUCUCUCAUAGGCUCUCUUCAUGGUGCCAAGCCUCAAAUCCUUUGAAUUGUUGUGCCAGGGAAAUGUUAGUGAGCCCCCAAACAGAGACAAGAGCCAGUCUCAUGUAACUCACAUUAGGGUCUUUAUUCUAUUCCAGCUAGCUUGGGCCACCCCUCCAGCACAUCACUGUCAUGCAGGACAAUUUUGGUGGUGGGGGAGCCCCGAAUGUCUAUGGGGCAAGGCUUUAUAGUAAGCAUCAAGCAGGGAGUACAUGUGCAAGCAUCUAAUUGGAAAGCUACUGUAUGUAGCCUUUAACAUAAUUGGCUAGUGUUAGGAGCCAAUAAUUUCUGCUCCCCUCUACAUUGGUGGUUGUUAGGCAAGAGAUGGGCUUGUAACCUGGGGGUGCAGGUUUGCUGGAAUAACCUGGAGAAGCUGGUAUUGUUGAGAGUCUAACCUGGAAACACUAGUCUUUUGGGGAAUUACUAGGCUCAGGUUUUGUUGGGGGGCAACUUGGAAACUAAUGCUAGGUACCAGCCUGUUAGCUUACCCGAGUUCAAAUUUAGGUCUGAUUUUCUAAAAUGGCAUCUGAAUUUAAAAGAUUUGGCAUAUCAGCAUGACCCCCCUUCAGUCCUGGCCAUCAACUGCUACUGAGGCUGCACCUUUACCAAUGGCCGGCCUUCCCUGGCCGCUCACAGUACCCAGCCUCAGAUGCUCUCCAUGACCCCUUCAAAACUAGUAAACUCUUACACAGCACCAAGUACAACUGCGUAUCAGGUACUGCACAUCAGGUACAGCCUUGGCUACCUCUGGACAUAGCUUCUCUGUGCUCUCAGGAAACACUUCCCAGAUUUCACCUCGUGAUGCUGGUCUCUCUUAUUUUUAAUUUUAUUUUUCUUGGAUAUUUUGCUGGUCUCUUCUUUUUUUUUUUUUUUUUUUUUUUGGUUCUUUUUUUCGGAGCUGGGGACCGAUCCCAGGGCCUUGCGCUUCCUAGGCAAGCGCUCUACCACUGAGCUAAAUCCCCAACCCCUGCUGGUCUCUUCUUAAUCACUGCUAAUUUUUUUAGCUCCAGCUAACCAGCAUCAAUUGUCCCAGCAGUCUCUUCUAUUCUUGACUCUAAAGCCAGAGCCACAUGGCCAAAGCUACUGAAUUCUGCUGCUUGCUGGAGCUGGGACAUGGCCCCACUUGUUCUAUUUCAUUUCACUAGCUUUCUGUUUUCCAACUCUUUCACUGAUUAAGCUUGGCUGUCUUGGAACUUGCUCUGUAGAUUGACUGACCUUGAACUUGGAGAUAUGCUUGGCUCUGUCCCCAUGGGAUUAAAGGUAUUUCCCAUCAUGCCUGGACUUAAGCUUUUCUUCACCUAGAACCUGCUCUGUUCAAGGAUGGCUUUGAAAUCAGAGAUCUGCUUGCCUUUGCCUCUUGGGAUUAAAGGCUUGUUCUGCCAAGCCUAGACCUCAACUGUGCUGGAUAGGAUCUUGCCCCAAGGUCACCACUCCCUCAAUCCAGUUCAAUAUCCUUGAACCCAGGAUUCAUCUCCAUUUCACUUCCUGGUGCCCCUUUAAUACUUGAACCAUAUAUUUUAUAUUUUUCUUUUGCUAUGCUUGUUUAAAAUGCUCUUCAUGAGCCUUAACCAGAGAACAGUCUAUGGUGGGAGUGUCUGAGACUUCCUUGGUAAAUGCAAUUAAUCUGAGUCUCUUGAAUUUAACCUUGGGCAGACUCUUCAGACAAGAGCAAAAAGUAGCCACAUUCUUCACCAAAAUACCACAAAAACAGUCUCUGGGCCACAUAUUGAAAUUCUCCACUAAAACCUCUUGGGCCCAUUAAGUCCCAUUUAAAAUAUUCCACUGCUUUCCAAAUCUAGUCCCAAAACCUGGAUUCUUCCAAACAAAACCAUAGUCAGGCCUAUCACAGCAAUACCCUGGUACCAACUUCUGUCUUGGUUAGGGUUUUACUGCUGUGAAAAAAUACCACGACCAAGGUAAGUGUUAUAAGGACAACAGUUAAUUGGGGGCUUGCUUACAGUUUCAGAGGUUCAGCUAUUAUUAUCAAGAUGAGAGCAUAACAAAAUCCAGGCAGGCAUGGUGCAGGAGGAGCUGAGAGUUCUACGUCUUCAUCUGAGGACUGCUAGCAGAAUACUGGCUUCUAGGCAGCUAGGAUGAGGGUCCUAAGAUACCAGCUCUAGGUACAGAUCAUAAAAUCCAGAACAAGAUCAUAAAACCCUCUCCCAAAGAACAGCCUAGGGAUAACCACAGAAAUGAGGAAAUGUCUUAUUUUAGAAUGGGCCAUCUACACUGGACAGCCCUAUUUCACGAAUGCUCAUGACAUAGUGAAAAGCUCUCAGGUAGAACUUUCCCUCGGGAUGGAGAUCCUCUAACUCCAAAGACCAGACCGAGACACCACAGGAUGCAAUCAGCAAGAGGAUUUGGUUUAUUUGGUUAUAUGAUCAAGAGUGAGACUUAGGGGCGUUGUUAGGGACUGUCCCAUGUUAGUUCUAAGGAAGAUUAGAACACAGAGAAAACAACACCAACAGUCAAACAAACAACAGACAGGCGUGCUGCACGGCUUUGGUACCAAACUGAAAGCAAAAAGUCAGAUGGAGGUGGCAAAGGUCCGGGGCCCUCUGAAAGCCAAAAAUACAGACAGAGUGCCGUUAGUCCGGAUCUUUCUCCUCUCCCAGAUUGGGCCCCGAAAAGUCGGGCCCCUAACACCCUUGGAACGUCUUCCAGGGCUGCGGGGCGAGAAGUCCGAGCUCGUCAGCUCCUUCUUCGUCCCGCCCAAAUUCCAAACAACCUGGCUGAGCGCUCACAGAACAGACCUGGCUGAGCGCUCACAGAACAGACCUGGCUGAGCGCUCACAGAACAGACAGAAUAAGGCAGAACGAGACAGAAUCAGACAGACGCCGGCCGGCUUACCUCCCAGUGGGUGGUCGGUGGUCCCUGGGUGGAGGAUCUCCUUUCCCGGCCAACGCACCAAAUGAAAAGCUCUCAGGUAGAACUUUCCCUCGGGAUGGAGAUCCUCUAACUCCAAAGACCAGACCGAGACACCACAGGAUGCAAUCAGCAAGAGGAUUUGGUUUAUUGUCGGGAUACACAGGCACAGGCACCUGCGGGCGCUUCAGUCACUUGGGGGACUGGCGCGCCCCACGGAACCAAGGAUGGGCUUUUAUAGGAUUUUGGGGAGCAGAAGCAAGCAUACAGAAGCAGAUGCAUGGUUACAGGGAUAUAAUUGGUGGAUUCUAAUAUGGCAAGGGUUUAGCCCGGGGGCAAGUUUCCUAGCUACCUUCCUGAAACAUAACGGCUGACUCGGCCCCCCAAGGGUUCAGCCCGGGGGCAAGUUUCUUAGCUACCUUCUUGGAACAUAACGACUGACUCGGCCCCCCCACCAGGGUGUGGGACCUCUCCCGGGGCUUUUUUUUUCAUUGUCAGGUGCUCAACCGAAGUCGUCCUGUUGCCAGGCCUUCAACCAAACACAUCCUGCUUGGCAGCCGCUGUGUACUCAGUGUUCUAACCUUUCCCUGAACCAGUCAUCUUAAAUACAGCCUUGCAAAAUGGCGUUACUGCUGCUAAGCUGGGGUCUUUCAUUCCCCCAUUUUUUUUUUUUUUUGUUAACUUUGAGUGAAAUCUUUCACUCGACUUGGUCAAGAAAUUUCUGUCUGGUGGGGGCUUAUUCCCCCACUGACUCUAGGCCACAAAAGGGCUAGGAGGAGCCACGUAGGAGUUUUAACUUUAAGGGGUUUGGAGUGCGCUGAACUCUCCAUGUCUGGGGUGUAGUGUUGUGAUUAGUCAAUUCCUCAGACCGGACUGCCUUGACGUGUGGUGCGUGGAUCUAAGCCGAGACUCCGUCUACCUUUAGGGCGGUCGGGGUAGUCAGGAGGACGGUGUAGGGUCCUUUCCACCGUGGCUCCAGAUUCUUGGUCUGGUGUCUGUGCACCCACACGGUGUCUCCAAUCUGGAACGGGUGUGGCACCACCGGAUGCUCAAGCUUGUCCUGGUAAGCAGCGGCCAAAAGUCUCCAGACGUCUCUCUGCACAAUCUGUAGGGCCUGUAAAUGGGCCCUCAGAGAAGGGCUGUCAGCAAAAUCAGCAAUGUUUGAAUCAAAGAAAUGGACAAAUGGGGGUGGUGCUCCAUAUAUUAUUUUAAAAGGAGUUAGACCAUGGGGGCCCAGGGUAUUCCGGGCCCGAUAUAGAACUAGGGGAAGGAGGGCCACCCAAUCCUUUGAGCCAGUUGCAAGUGUAAGUUUGGAUAAAGUCUCCUUAAUUGUUCUAUUUAUGUGUUUUACCUGACCUGAACUCUGGGGUCUAUAGGCACAAUGUAAUUUCCAAUCAAUCCCCAGCAAUUUGGCCACCAACUGACUUACUUGGGAGACGAAAGCGGGCCCGUUGUCCGACCCCAACGCUUGAGGCAUGCCAUACCUGGGAAAGAUUUUCUCGAGGAGCUUCUUAGUGACCAUUUUUGUAGUCUCGUGUUUCGUGGGGAAGGCUUUGACCCAUCCUGAGAAGGUGUCUACAAACACUAGGAGAUACUUGUAUCCAUAUAUACCUGGUUUAAUUUCAGUAAAAUCAAUUUCUCAAUGGAUGUCGGGACGGUGUCCCCUAGGACGAACUCCUUGUCUAAUCAUGGUCCUUUCCGGGUUAACCUGAGCGCACGCUUUGUAACUCUCAGUCACCUUUUGUAUCGCUUUGUCCCGAUUAAAAAAAAAAACACAGAUUUAUCUCUUCCCAAUCUAGUAAGGUUUUUAUCUUCUUAAACCCCAAAUGGGUUAAUUUAUGUAAAAAGGAGAUCAAUUCAAAAGUCAUUUUCAUUGGCAUAACUGUCUUUUCUUUGUAGACCCACUGUUUUAGUUGAGGGUGGUAGAUGGCCCCCAUUUUUUUAGGAGCUCUAUGUCCUCAUGGGCAUAAACCCAACUGGUUUGUCCCACUGGUGGGGGCGUGGGUUGGUCUGGGCUAUUUAAGGGCAAGAUUUGUUUGCUCAUGGCCGCUUUUCGCGCCGUGGCAUCGGCCAGCCGGUUUCUUCGUGCCUCUGGGUUGUGCCCUUUCUGGUGUCCUGGACAAUGUACUCAGUCUUUUGGGCAAGAAUAGGGCUUCUAAGAGGGCCAGAAUUUUAGCCAUAUCUUUACCCUCAGAUGUGAGCAGCCCCCGCCUCCGGUAGAUCUCCCCGUGGAUGUGUGCUGUGGCAAAGGCAUAACGGCUGUCUGUAUAUAUAUUUAGCCUCUUACCUUUUGUCAUCUUGAGCGCCUGAGUCAAGGCGAUGAGUUCAGCCCAUUGUGCGGAGGUACCAGCAGGCAGGGCUUUCGCCCAAAUCACUUUGUCCUCCGUAGUGACUGCAGCUCUAGCCUUUCGCUCUCCCUCUGCCAAGAAGCUGCUGUCAUCCGUGUACCAUGUGUGGUCAGCAUUCUGAAGAGGCUGGUCCGAUAGGUCUGGCCUGGUUCUAUGUACUUCUGCGAGGAUUUGUAGGCAGUCAUGCUGUUCUGCCUCCUCUGGUAGAGGAAGCAAGGUGGCAGGAUUGAGGGCGACUACGGGCCCAAACUGAACCCAUUCUGCAUCCAGUAACAAGGCUUGGUGUGAGAAUUAGAGAGCCAGCGGUCUGGGGGCUGCUUUACCAAGGCCUCCACUGCGUGGGGUGCUAGGAUGGUGAGUGGCUGUCCCAAAGUCAAUUUUCCAGCAUCCUUGAUCAGGACAGCAAUAGCAGCCACCAUCCUUAGGCACGGUGGCCAGCCGGAGGCCACAGGGUCCAAUUUCUUAGACAGGUAGGCCACAGGGCGUUUCCAGGGUCCCAACCUUUGUGUUAGGACCCCUUUAGCAUACCCCUGUUUCUCAUCGAUGAACAGUUACUGAGCAAAUUGUAAGGGUUUGGAACAGUCGGAUGAAUAUCUUCUAUCCUCUUGUUGACCUUUCUCAAGUCUUGUACUGGCCUAUAAUCUCCAGUGCCGGGUUUCUUAACAGGCAGAAGAGGCGUAUUCCAAGGCGACCGGCAGGGGAUUAGGAUGCCUUGAUCUAGAAGCCUCGUAAUGUGAGGCCUUAUACCUUGAUAAGCUUCAUGUGACAGGGGGUAUUGUUUUAUGGAGACUGGAGUUGUAAUUAAGGGGGGCUGUUGGAGCGCCAACCCCAUCCCACCAGUCUCUGUCCAAGCCAGUGUCCUGUCCCGGUUCAUAGGGUUAGAACUUGAAGGGGAGUUCGGUGGGGGCCAGUUAUUUGGGCCCCUCCUUCCUCAAAAUGAAUUUGUGCUUUUAGUUUGGUGAGCAGAUCACGGCCCAGCAGAGGGUACGGGCAGUCCGGAACAUGUAAGAAGGAAUGGGUCACCUUACCAGUAGCCAGCUGAACCCGGCGGUCCGUAGUCCAUCGGUAUUGUUUCUCACCAGUAGCUCUUUGUACCCAGGCCGUCCGGUCGCUGAGUUGUCCUGAAGCUUGGGUGAGGACUGAAUGCUGGGCUCCUGUGUCUACCAGGAAAGUAACCGGCUGCCCCCCAACUUUAAGCGUUACCCUGGGCUCGGGGGGGGGGCUCCUGGCCCUGACCUCCCUAAUCUUUAUCUAGAGCCAAGAGGGAGGUUCGUGGUCGAGGCUUUCGGGGUCCGCCAGGCUUCUUGGGGCACUCUCUGGCCCAGUGCCCUUUCUCUUUGUAAUAGGCACAUUGAUCUUUAUCCAGCUUCAGCCCCUUUCGAGCUCCCCCCUAUCUCCCUUCCUUUUUUGGCCCUGAACUACGGCGGCCAAGAUUAACUUAGUCCUGAUACCUGGAGCAGCCUGCCAGAUGAAGGACAUAGAGACACUCGUCAUUUGUCCUGGGUCAUCUGGGUCAUAGGGAGUGUACAUACGAUAGGCCUCCUUAAGUCUCUCUAGAAAGGCGGAGGGAGUUUCCCCUGCUUCCUGUAAUACCUGUUUUACCUGAGCCAAAUUAGUAGGGCGUCGUAUAGCCCCUCGGAGACCCGCUAGAAGCAACUGGCGAUAAAGGCGUAGGUGUCCCUUACCUUCAGCUGUAUUAAAAUCCCAGUUUGGUCCUCAGGCAGCUGGGUGGGACGCCCAUCAUCUCCCAGAACAUGCUUUUUGGCCUCUAGGAACACUUUGUUUUUUUUUUUUUUUUCCUGAGGUUAAGAGGGCCUGUAAGAGCUGUUGGCAGUCAUCCCAAGUAGGCUGGUGGGUAAGUAAAACAGAUUCUAUUAGGUCGGUGAGUGCCACCGGAUCUUUGGAGAAAGAAGGGUUGUGUUGUUUCCAAUUGUAAAUGUCAGCUGCUGAAAACGGCCAGUAUUGGGUCUGGCCACCGGUUCCCUGUCUAAGUGGGAAAGCCUGGGAGGUUGAAUCUGGCAUCACCUCGCGCUUAUUGUGUAAUCUCCCUGCGACAGGGGAGAAACCCUUAUCAGACUGUGGCCCGGCAACUGAUCUGGCCGGCAGCUCUGCCUCCUCCGUUUCAGCCGGGCCUGUCAGAGAGAAGAUCUAUGAGAGGGGAGUUUGGGUCUGCCGGGAGGACAGGUUUCUUAGAAGGCUCUGAUUUCACAAAGGUAGAGAGAGGAAGACGUGGCCGGCAGACCGGGCGGGGCCGAGGGGACAGGCUGGGGGUUGAGGGGAGGCCAAUUCGGGUCCACGAAGGGUUCCGCCCGGGGGGGGGUGGUUUAAAGCGAGACUCUCUCAAGUGAUAAUAUAAGAAACCUGGUCAGGAUGUCCGUGGACGACCCGAUCUUUAACCUGUAAAAUAAUGAUCUUAUUAAAUGUGCCAUUCACUGGCCAUCCUGCUCCGAAAGUGGGCCACUCGGAUGUGUAGAGAGUCUGCCCUUUUCCUUUUUUUUUUUUUAACCUCGACAGACUGGUUGUGUGCCCGGUCGUGGACGUCUUUCUAAUGAUCAAGAGUGAGACUUAGGGGCGUUGUUAGGGACUGUCCCAUGUUAGUUCUAAGGAAGAUUAGAACACAGAGAAAACAACACCAACAGUCAAACAAACAACAGACAGGCGUGCUGCACGGCUUUGGUACCAAACUGAAAGCAAAAAGUCAGAUGGAGGUGGCAAAGGUCCGGGGCCCUCUGAAAGCCAAAAAUACAGACAGAGUGCCGUUAGUCCGGAUCUUUCUCCUCUCCCAGAUUGGGCCCCGAAAAGUCGGGCCCCUAACACCCUUGGAACGUCUUCCAGGGCUGCGGGGCGAGAAGUCCGAGCUCGUCAGCUCCUUCUUCGUCCCGCCCAAAUUCCAAACAACCUGGCUGAGCGCUCACAGAACAGACCUGGCUGAGCGCUCACAGAACAGACCUGGCUGAGCGCUCACAGAACAGACAGAAUAAGGCAGAACGAGACAGAAUCAGACAGACGCCGGCCGGCUUACCUCCCAGUGGGUGGUCGGUGGUCCCUGGGUGGAGGAUCUCCUUUCCCGGCCAACGCACCAAAUGAAAAGCUCUCAGGUAGAACUUUCCCUCGGGAUGGAGAUCCUCUAACUCCAAAGACCAGACCGAGACACCACAGGAUGCAAUCAGCAAGAGGAUUUGGUUUAUUGUCGGGAUACACAGGCACAGGCACCUGCGGGCGCUUCAGUCACUUGGGGGACUGGCGCGCCCCACGGAACCAAGGAUGGGCUUUUAUAGGAUUUUGGGGAGCAGAAGCAAGCAUACAGAAGCAGAUGCAUGGUUACAGGGAUAUAAUUGGUGGAUUCUAAUAUGGCAAGGGUUUAGCCCGGGGGCAAGUUUCCUAGCUACCUUCCUGAAACAUAACGGCUGACUCGGCCCCCCAAGGGUUCAGCCCGGGGGCAAGUUUCUUAGCUACCUUCUUGGAACAUAACGACUGACUCGGCCCCCCCACCAGGGUGUGGGACCUCUCCCGGGGCUUUUUUUUUCAUUGUCAGGUGCUCAACCGAAGUCGUCCUGUUGCCAGGCCUUCAACCAAACACAUCCUGCUUGGCAGCCGCUGUGUACUCAGUGUUCUAACCUUUCCCUGAACCAGUCAUCUUAAAUACAGCCUUGCAAAAUGGCGUUACUGCUGCUAAGCUGGGGUCUUUCAAUAGGAGUGUAGAACACUGAUUAUUUGUAACCCUCUAGCACCCACCAAUGAAACUGUAGAUUGCUUAAUCCUUUUAGAGAGGUCCUCUGGUUCCCUAUAAGAAGGCCUGCAUGUCUUUGUCUGGGGUUGCCAUUUUAAAGAAUGGUUGACCCUGCAUGCUGGUUAUUAUUGCAGAAUAAACGUUCUUUGUUUUUGAUUACUAUCUGAGUCUGAGGUCUUCCUUCAGCAAUUUUUGGAUCCUUAAACCCAGAGCCCCUGACACCAACUUGUCUUAGUUUGGGUUUUAUUGCUAUGAAAAGACACCAUGACCAAUGCAACUCUUAUAAAGGAAAACAUUCAACUGGGGCUGGCUUACAGGUUCAGAAGUUCAGUCCAUUAUCAUCAUGGCAGGAGGCAUGGCAGUGUGCAGGCAGACAUGGUGCUAGAGGAUCAGAGUUCUACAUCUUGACCCACAGGCAGCAGGAGAUUGUCACACUGGCCAGACUUGAGCAUAUACAUGAGCCCUCCAACCCCUCACCCACCCCCAACUCCACAAUGACACACUUCCUCUAACAAGGCCACACCUCCUAAGAGUGCCACUUCCCACGGGGCUAAGCAUAUUUAAACCAUCACAGGUGUACAACACUGUCGAAAAUUCAAAAAAUGUUUGAUUUCUAAUCAAGCAAUUUUUGUUGAAGUAUUAAUGUGGUUCUGCAUUCUGCCUCACCAUGAAGGGGUUGGGAGCCAGUGGGCCAGCAGUGAGCCCAGGGCCAGGGAAAUCUGGUUUAGCUCAGGAUGAGCAUAACGAAGACCUCUUCUCAAGGAGGUUCUUGAUCAAAGAUAGUCCUUACUUGUCCAAACUGUUUAUUCAUGGUGAAAAGAGGCCUUACUCAGGGUUGACCAGAGAUUACAUACCUUUGAAGGAAGAAAUAUAUGGGAAGGGAAGCUUAUUGGCUAAACCCUCUAGCUGGCCUAUCUAGAUAUGCUAGGCUCUAUGCUUUGUGACUAGUUGUCAUGGUCCUUAGUGGGUUGUCUUGGUCACGUGCUUCAGGACAGGACCCAGGUCAGGAGCAGAUUCAAACAUCUACAGUUCUCAAUUAUGGGAAUUGCCAGGAUUCCUUAUUCUGUUCGACCUUACUAGUUUUUUUUUUUUUUUUUUUCUGAUACCAUUUUACUUGCCCCACAUAACUAGACAGUGGUGGUGUACACCUUUAAUCCUAGCAUGUGGGAGGCAGACCCUUGAGUUUGAGGUCAGCCUGGUCCAUAGAGUUCUAGAACAACCAGGGCUAUACAGAGAAACCUUGUCUUGAGAAAAAGAAAAAGAAAGAAAAAAAAAAAAAAGACACAUAAGAAUUUUAAGAGUUUAAAUACAGUAUAAUUAUGUAAAGUUAAAUGGCACAUGAUUAGGAUUUGACUAAAUUCAAUUAAUUUGAAUUUUUAGUCCAGAGAAUUACAUUCAUGCAGUGGUAUGAAGCAUUGAUUGAAUUUUAUUUUUAAUGUUUAGUAGUUGUUAUCUACUGUUUGAAUAUGAUGUUCUAACAGUUUAAACAUUGUGGUAUAUAAAACAUAUACAUAUGUUUCUUGCCGAUUUUUGAGAUGUUGUAAUAUUCUGAACCGUGCAGAUCUCGCUGCCAAUAAAAAGGAGGUGGCAGCUUCAUGAGUCUGUGGAUGAGUCCGAACCCUCUGGAGAGUCUGAGAAGUCAAUCACAAUAUCGUCAGAUGGCUUUGGUGAAGAAAGUAAAUACCGUGAAGUGACUGUUUGUAUGUGGUCUUGAUAGUGGUUUUUAUAAGGAAGCUCCUGUCUAUAAGGAAGGUGAACGACAUCCUGGCCUGUAUCAUGCCGCGGCUGCUCUUCUGGGAUGUCCAUAGUGAUAUCCUGGCCUGAGUAGAGCCUUUGUUGCUCUUCUGGGAUUUCAUUCAAGAUCUCUUCAUAUAGGUUGGCUAUUGAAAUGGGGCUCUGUGAAGUGAUGGUCUGUCCAAAUCCCUGGUACAGGCCCACCGGUGAGGACGGCUUGGAAGAGUCUUGUGAAGACGCUGAGAGUAGGCUGGAGUGUUCAUUAUGAUCCGGGUCUCCAGGGAAACAUUUCUUCUUCGGGUAACCUCGCAUUGUCCUCCCUGUACGACAAUAUAAACUCAUUAACCAUUUUUAAACACAGGGUUCUAAAAGUAGCUUCCCCUCCCCGUUAUCUCCCCUGAAUUUGAAGUGCCUACAUUAUGGUAAGGCUUUAAACAUGUUCUUAUUUCUUAAAAACUACGGAGUGGCCAAGGCAGGGGAAAUAUAAUAACUCACAUAUUUGGGCUGAGGAGAAAUCUGUAAAGUGCAGGCCACACAAACAUGAAGCAGCUGAGGUAAAAAGCACAGAUAAAAAGCUGGGCAUGGGUUUGUGUUUGGCAGUGAGAGACAGGAGGGUCUCGGGCUCUCUGGCCAACCAUCCUAGCUGACAUCUGCGAGCUCCAGGAGUGAGACUGUUUCAAAACCCAAUCUGACAGCUCCUGAGGAACCACACCCGAGGUUCAUCUCUGGCCCCCACACGCACGCACACGCUCAGCCUGUUACUUACCGACACGCCUUACUUGUUCAGAAAUAUCUUCUCUGAUAUCAGACACAUCCCACAUAGCGAGGAAGGAGUCAAAGCAGGGGCCUUCCUCUGCUUCAUGCACAUAGGGUUUAUAGGAGAACGUAUAAUGAUGGGCAAUUGCCGCAAAGAACAUUUCGAUGCAGAUUAUGAAAUCCUACAAAUGGCAACAAAAAUAUCUGACAUCUUUGUGGUUAAAUCUAGUUUUCCAAACUACUAACUUUUUCAAAGUUAUUUAGGGUAUCAAUUUUUUUAAAGUUCUAGACUAAAUUCAUUUUCAAAACUUUUUCAAUUCUUCAAAACAUGACAAGCCAUGAUUUACAUUUCUUUUGCAUUCCUUCAGUCAGUAUUUCUCAAUGUUACCCAAGGACUGAAAGGUAGCAUGCAGAUAGAAGUGGACCAAGAAUAAAAUCAUCAGCAGUCAGUACCUACAGGUCACUGCAUUACACGGUCAGCUGACAGUCUCACCCCACUGUUGGCACGUUGUUCAGGGCAAUAUUGCAUCAAAUGGCUUAACAAGAAAAUGCCCUCAGGGGUUGGGGAUUUAGCUCAGUGGUAGAGCGCUUGCCUAGGAAGCGCAAGGCCCUGGGUUCGGUCCCCAGCUCUGAAAAAAAAGAACAAAAAAAAAAAAAAAAAAAAAAAAAGGGAAAAAGAAAGUGCCCUGAGUUCAGAGAUGGCACUAAAUACCUGCAAGCCUGUGGCCACAGCUUCGGCGCUUUGCCAUUCCCAGGUACGCUUUUCUGAAAUAACGCCCACUUUAACCAACAAAGCAAUAAGUACUGCUUGCCUAUAAGUCAAGAAAAGGUCAGUGUCAUAUCUGAACCCUGAAAUGCCUGAAGGUUUUAACAAUAUGCAACAUGGAUAUGCUGGGAGGUGGCUCACUGGGUGAAGCACUUGCUGCGGGAGUCUGAGGACCUGAGUGGGGAUCUCAGAGCCCAGGUGAUGCUGGUGCAGCAGGCAGUAUACAACUGUACACCCAGCCAGUGUUCCUCACAGGAGCAGGGGGUGGGAAGAGACUGCAGGUCAGCAAGCCUGAGGUGUGCAGAGGAGCAACUAGAAGCCCCUGUCUCAAGUGGAGGAUUGCUCUCUGACCUCAGUAUGCACAGACAGCAUACACAUGCCCCACUCACACAAUAAGCACAAUGUAUCAUAUACCAAAAGAUUAAAAAAUACGCAACUAGAAACAGUUAAGGCCUCAGAGUGCACUCCAGGACUCCAUAGUAUCCCUGCCUUCAGGGCAUAUUCCCAAACAGGUUGUGUUGAUACUACCUUGUCUUAUGAAUUAAUUCUAUUAGCUUCAUAAGAUGAAUUUUAUUACAUAUUCUCACAACUUCAUCAUUUGGUUUAAAUAUCUUUUUAUUGCUUUGAAACCAUAUACAAAUAAUUAGAUUCUAGGUUCUAACAGCUUGUAAGUAAUGGCCUGAUUCUCAAGUGUGUUUACACAUGUAUUAGUAUUAAUUACUAGGAUUCUAUCACUCAUUCAUUCAGAUAGAGGGCUUUUCUAUAUAACCAUGGUUGCUCUAGAACUUGCCGACCAACCUGGCCUCAAACUCAGAGAUCUGGCUGCCUCUACCUCCCAAGUGCUGAGGUUAAAGGUGUGUACACCACCGCCUGGCACAGGACUAGCUUUUCAAAGAGGUAAACAACGACAUUUUCCCACCUCAUACUCACAUUAUCUUAAAACACUCUUAACCAAUGGCUUUAUUUCUGGUAUUUAUAAAAUAAGAACAUUUAAGAGAAAGCAACACUUACCAAAAGGAGACAAAGACGACGAGUUUCACACAGAGAAACUUGCCAACAGGUUGUAUAGGGCUGAGCUCUUCCUUUAAGACUUUGUAGAACAGCAGUAGGCAGUACAUGGCAAACUAGAAACAAAAGCAGCGUUCAACUGUACACCCACAGAACAGACGACCACAGAACUGUUGAGGCCAAAACCAGAGCCUGUUCUACAGUAAUAUUCUGGGCAGAAUUUACUGCAAAUUAGACAGUGUUUAGAUUAAAAACAGGCUUUGAUGUUUUGCUGCCAAUGUAUAGAAGUGAAAUUUCUCUAGAGAGAUAAGGUAACAUUUUCCCUGGCACUCAAUGAAAGACCAAAACAACAACAAUGGAACAAAAGAUUUUCCUUCAGCCGAAAGAAAAGAGCAAAUACGUAUGUUAUGCUUUAAACACAAACUACCACUACUUUUGUAAGGAUUUAGGCUACUUUUAUUCGCAAGUCUCUUGCAUAACAUUUACACAACACCCACUACACACACAGAGUUUAUUUAAUUAAAUUAAUUAAUUUGGCUUUUCAAGACAGUGUCUCACUAUGUAACCUUGGCUGUCCUGGAACUUGCUUUGUAGACCAAGUUGGCCUCGAACUCAUAGAGAUCCACCUGCCUCUGUCUCCCAAGUGCUGGGACUAAAGGCCUGCCCCACCACUGCCCGGGUCAUGCAGUUUAUAAGUCAACACUAAACAGGUACAGCUCCAAUACAACUCUGACCACGAGCGCUGCCUCAUACAAACAAAUUUCCUUGAGAGGAGUACAUUAGUCCACGUUACAGACUCCCGCACUACAGCCAUGGCUUAGUGGCAUAGUGCAUGCCCAACAUACAUGCGGCCCUGGGUUCUAGUUAUCAUACUACUGAAAGAAAAGAAAUGGGGACUCUAAGCAGAAAGCCAUUUCUUAGUACCUAUGAACUGAGCCUCAUUCUGCAUCAAACCCAGAGCUGUGUGUACUAGACAACAUUCCUCCAGAGAUAGUCCGCAAGUUCUAAACUAACUUUCCAGAAUCUGUUAGGAACUAAAACCAAAUUUUGUUGCCCAGUAUCUUUUUCAACUGCAAGUCGCUAACUUCUGUGUAUGUUUCAUAAGGUUUACUUUUAGUAAGUGUGCAGCUUAGCUGUCCUGGAACUCACUCUGCAGACUGGCCUUGAGCUCAAAGAAAUCUGCCUGCUUCUGCCUCCCAAGUGCUGGGACGAAAGGCAUGUGCCACAACUGCCCAUCAAAUUUUUACAUUUUUAUUUAAAUUCUAUCCUAUUAUAUGCCAAUUAGACCUUUUCCUCUUACUGAAUAAGUGUCUAUUAGGUUUUAUUCAGAAGGCACAUAAUGUACACACUCACACAGCUGUGCAAUGACGAGUAAACAGCAGGUCUGCAUGUAAGUCACCAAAUCAUUCACGAACAUAUACUACAUGCUUAUAUUGUAUAAAGAUACAUUUUAAAGCUGCCUCACAAUCUAUGUACCAAGUAAAAGAAUAUUUCUCUAGAGAAAUAGUGCCUGAUAAUGAAAGACCCUCAGAGGAGUCUCUCGCUCCAGUCCUGAGGACACUCACCAACCCACGAACACACUCAGUCUUGAUGUAAAAACAAGAGGUUUACUUUGGGAUACCAAUGUAUUGGGGCUCGACACGGUCCUCACGCAGGACCGUGUCCUUGUCCUUGUGUAUUUUGGAACAAUGGGUCAGAAGAUUACUCCCCCCAACCAGUCUCACGCUAGACCACUGGGGAGAGGUGAGGGCGAGAGUACACAAACUGUCAGUGGAGGUAAAAAAAAAAAAAAAAAAAAAAAAAAAAAAGGGACCAAGGCAGACCAUCUGCACCUCUGAGUGGCCAACUUUUCAAGUCGAUUGGCCCCCUCAGGGAUCUUCUAAUAUGAAAAUUAUAAAGAGUGUUAAGAAAGUUGUUUUUCAGUCGGGGCUGCAUAGACAUCCGCCUCCUUGGGGAAAAUCGUGGGCUAGUUGACCCCGGCGACUGCCAGACCCACAGAUUCCGGUGGUCCAAACUUCCAAGGGGGAGCCCUCCCAACCGGCUCCUCCAAAAGUCUAUCCUGAUGCUCAGGAGGAUUUGCUCCUCCUGGAUUCUCCUUAUUCCCCUACCCUCUCGCCUACCCAACCUCCUGAAUCCUCUGCUCCUCCUGGCUGCAGAUGCUUCUGGUCCUGCCCAGGAGACGUACAGCCAGUGAGCACUAACCCCUGACUCCUCUACUGGUCCGAUCCCUGUUUUUUCCUUGCAGGCUGAUGGACCUCCCCCGGGUCUGGGUGAGGGGAUGCAGCCCCUUCAGUACUGGCCUUUUUCUUCCUCUGAUCUUUAUAACUGGAAACUUAAUCACCUCCCUUUUUAGAGGAAGGGGGGCAGGCGCGCAGGCCGGCUAAUAAGGAAGCUGCAGGCUGUGCAUGGGCAGUGGCCUGAGCCAGCAGGAGAGGAAUUUCAAGGCAAAGGGGCCGCUGGCCAUGGCUGACGCUUUGACAGCAAAAAGAUAGCACAGUGAUUGUUUUAAAGUCUAUCAUGAGUCCUUUGGCCCUGAAAAACAAUUCCAGUCACUGCCUUCAGUGACCAGACCUUCAACAUUUGCUCACAGAAGGAGAGCGUUCAUUAAGAGAACUUUCUUUGAGGGAGCCUGCCUCUCUCCCCUUAUCCACUGGCCCUGUUCCAAGAGAGGAUGUUAGGAGCCAUAACAGGACAAGCUAAUAACUAGCAGGUGAUUAUCCUGAGAUGGCCAGUCUCGGAUUAUUAUAUAAUCUGUGACUGGUCCGCCCUUAUUAAACAAUGCUGUUAAGAGAUUCAUUUUAGGAAAGAUUCCUGUUUUAAAUGCUGAAAAGAAAUGCAAAGAGAAAUAACUUAGAGACUAUAGGUAACAUAAGAGAGCAGUGUGCAGAAUGCAGAGGAAAAAUGAAGAAGCUGGAGAGAGCAGAAAGAGCAGGCAGUUUUUUCCUUACUACGGGACAGAACAAGUCAUUUCUUAAUAGCAACACAGGCUUAGUCUUAUUAAAAGGAACAAACCUUUUUCUCUUACAAAAUUUGGGUUUAAUUCACUUUGCAUUAAAAGGGUAAAAACAAUUUCUUUCUCUAUGUAAUAAAGACUGGGGCUCAUCUUUCAUCCAGAAUGAAUGAGUUCUUUCUGCACUGAUGCUUGAACUUUUACUCCAUAUGCAUAUGUAAGUAUAGAUGUAUAAAAUGUAUACAUGUGUAUGUAUAAAAAUAUAAUUGUGAUAAUGUAUAUAAGCUCGGCCCAGCUAAUUUUGAAUAAAAGUAUAUAAAUGUACAUUUAUUAAAUCUGUGUGUAAAAGUAUAUAUGUUUAUACAUAUUUGGCUAUGUAGAAGCUUUUCCUUCUACAAGCGCUAUUCCUUUCUCUUGGUUCAAUAACAGUUUAUUGCUCCAAACUUCCCCCUGGCCUGAUAAACAAGAGGCAUAGGGACAAAAGGGAAAAGGCUCCAACAAGUAAUCCUCUACUUUUAUCUCCUGCUGUUUGAAAAUGAGGUGCUAAGUGCCAGAGACUGUAGUUUCUGGCCUCAGAGGAACACAGAAGGCAAGUCAGUUACAAUAGCAGAGCCUAGUGACUUAGACAUAGAUAAGUAAAUCAGCUACAGUAACAUAGUAACUUAGACGUAGAUAAGUAAAAUUAUUAUAUAUACAGCAACCCUAAAUAUCUCGUAAGACAAAGUCUUACCCUCCACCGACGCUCUUCCCCCUCCACUGCCCCAAGAAGAACCAACAGGAGAAAGAAGACUAAUGCCGGGGAUGGUCCCUGGAAAGAGGAGGUCUCCAACAUUAAGGCACCUUCCCUGUUAGUCAUUAGUGACAUGGAGAGUGUCUCUGAUCCUAUCCCCACAGCAGCCAGUUCCUGCUCUUGUGGUCAAAAUGCCCCAGGUUGGGGUGGGGCAAGGGUGGACAAAAAAACCCCUAAAAUAGUUUCAAAAAAAAUCUGCAGCAAACUGCAAAGAACUUUGUUUUGCCAGUCAGAAUUCAGAAUUCAGGCUUUGGCUGUGGCCAAGGUCAGGAUUAAUGUUUUCUUUUCCAUGGGCCUUUAACCCAGUGAGACAGCUUGGUGAAGGGCUACUACUACAGUCCCGGUAUUCAGAGGCACGGAGAGAGCUACAGCCUUGUCCUAGGAACUCCAGAAGAGAAACACCUGCCAAGACAGAUAUCCUUGGUCCUUGUCCUGGGAACCCCAGGAUAAGAAAACAUAUAUCAAGUCAGACGUCCUUGGUACUGAAAUCGCUACAUUGAUGUGGUUACGGCCUUAUCCCAGGAAUUCCAGGACAAGAAACAUCUGCCUAGUUAUCCUUGGCACCGAAAUAGCUGAGCUAAUAAAACUGUGUAAUCUUUUUUUUUUGGUUCUUUUUUUCGGAGCUGGGGACCGAACCCAGGGCCUUGCGCUUCCUACCACUGAGCUAAAUCCCCAACCCCAAAACUGUGUAAUCUUAAAUGACUAUUUAAGCUGUACAUUUCUGUUGUUCGAGGCUCUUCACAUCCCUCCUGCGUGAGGACCGUGUCGAGCCCCAGCGCACUGGUAUCCCAAAGUAAACCUCUUGUUUUUACAUCAA